AUGCAUUUCUUCAGUGAACAUGGUAUAUGUGAACAUUCAACAGGUCGUUGUAUCUGUUUUCCCGACUUUACUGGAGCUACUUGUGCUUCUAGACUUUGUCCAAUGGGAGCUGCAUGGGUCGAUCGAGCAUGGACAAUUGAUAAAGCGCAUCAACCAGCAGAAUGUUCAGCAAUGGGUCGUUGUGAUCGAUUAACUGGAAUUUGUAUAUGUGAAUCAGGAUUUGAAGGUUUAGCAUGUGAACGACUAGCAUGUCCAAAUUCAUGCUCGGGUAAUGGUCGAUGUGUGAGUAUACGCGAUGCCGCAGAAUUGUACGAUGAUCGAAAUUUCUUUGUUCGUACAACAUAUACAUUAUGGGAUGCUGAUAAAAUUAUGGGAUGUCAAUGUGAUCCUGGAUAUAUUGGAUUUGAUUGUUCUGAACGUGAAUGUCCAAAAGGUGACAAUCCAUUCACAACAACGACUCAAGAUCAUGCUAUACAAGAGUUGACGUGUAUCUGUAAUAGCUGCAGUGGUACAUUUACGCUAUCAUUUCAAAGUCAAGUGACGACGAAUAUUGCAGCUACAGCUACGUCAAGUGAUUUAAAAAUGGCGUUAGAAACACUAGACAAUAUUUAUGGUCUUGAUAUUGUAAGUGCUACACCACUUUGUUCUAAUAGUGGCACAACGACUUCCAUUACAUUUACCCAUAAUCCUGGUGAUGUCCCAUUAUUGCAAGUUAAAAGUACGUUAAAUAGUGGUACCAUUACUUUAAUUACAAGUCAAGUGGGAACUCGUGAAAAUGCAUAUUGCUCAAAUCGUGGUAUCUGUGACUUUGCCACUGGAGUAUGCAAAUGUAUUGCAGGAUUUACAAGUGGCAAUGGCGGUUUGCCACCUUUGCCAGGCAGACGAGGCGAUUGUGGUUAUCCACUAGGAGCUCCUAUCUGUCCUACAACUAGCAAUGGUGUAUGUGAUAAUAAAGGCACGUGUUCUAGUGGAACGUCAUACGAAUGUAUAUGUUUAUCAGGAUUUACAGGAUACGAUUGUUCGCUUCGUGAGUGUCCAAAAGGAGCUGCUUGGUUUGAUGGUGCAACAGCUCCUGAUACUGCACAUGCACUGUCCUUUUGUUCUAAUAAAGGGAGAUGUGAUACGACAACAGGACGUUGCGUUUGUGUGGCACCAUUUACUGGAGCAGCAUGUGACCUAAUUCAAUGUCCAAGUGGAACGUCGUUAAAUUCAGGGGGUUCUUGUAGCGGACGUGGCACCUGUAAAAAUAUUCAGCAACUUUCUUUAGAAGCAAAAGAUCAUGCAGGAAAUUUACUGGGUGUAACAUAUGGUGCCAUUCCAAACACACUUGCAACAUGGGAUGCCACAAAGAUUCAAGGAUGUGAUUGUGACUUGAACGAUUAUUUUGGACCAUAUGAACUUGCUUAUGGUGACCUGAUGGGAGGACACGAUUGCAAUGUACGCACGUGUCCAAGAGGAGCAGAUCCGUUUGAAAGUGGUAAAGUGAAUGAAAAGCAGACGAUCAAUUGUAUAGCAGACGGUGGCUACUUUACACUUACGUUUCGACAAGAGACGACGCUAGUAAUUCCAUUUGAUGCUAAUGUUGCGAGAGUUCAAGCAACAUUCGAGACACUACAGAGUGUACGUGGUGCUAUUGUAACUUUUGACACUGGUACAGUUGCAUGCUCUGCUACCGGCGUUGUGAUCACGAUCGAGUUUACAUUCAUGCAAGGUGACUUGCCGCUGCUAAAUAUUGACACGUCAGGUCUUACUCUUAGUGGGAAUCCAACAACCUUGACGGUUGCAGAGCUGGUUAAGGGAACUAAGGCCAAUAUUGAGUGCUCAGCACGUGGAAUUUGCGACCGAGGAACUGGAAUUUGUGCCUGCUUUCCAUAUUUCCUCAGCUCUAAUGGCGCAGGUGGUCCUGGCCGUCGUGGAGACUGUGGCUUUAUCUCUCCUUAUCCCAGCACAACGAUUUCGUAA